CCGGCUCCUUCCAGCGCCCCGAGCCGGAACCCGCCCCUGCUCCCUGAGUUCGGGCCCCCGGGGGCCCGCGGCGAGUCAGCUGUCUGAGGCUCAGAGUCCAGCCUGCGGAGGAGCUGGAAAAGUGACCAUGAUCCUCGCACUGCUGCUGCAGCUGCUCUGGAUCCUGGGCGGAUGGGGCAGGAUGGCUGGCCCCCACCCCAGGCUCAGACUGUCUUUCCAAGAGUUAAAAUUGCGCCAUGGGCUGCGCACCUAUGGGCUGGAGCGCUCCUGCUGCUAUGAGGCACUGCUCCUGGACGAGGAGCGGGGUCGGCUCUUCGUGGGCGGCAAGAACCACCUGGCCUCCCUGAGCCUGGACAACAUCAGCAAGCAGGACAAGAAGAUCUACUGGCCAGCACCUGUGGAGUGGAGGGAGGAAUGCAACUGGGCCGGCAAAGACAUCAAUGCCGAGUGUAUGAACUUCAUCAAGAUCCUGCACCUGUACAACCGCACCCACCUGUAUGCCUGUGGCACAGGCGCCUUCCACCCCACCUGUGCCUUCGUGGAGGUCGGCCAGCGCAUGGAGGAGCCCGUCUUUAAGCUGGACCCUGCAGCCAUGGAGGACGGCAAAGGGAAGAGCCCGUACGACCCGCGGCACGUGGCUGCCUCGGUGCUCGUGGGAGAGGAGCUGUAUUCCGGGGUGGCAACCGACCUGAUGGGCCGUGACUUCACCAUCUUCCGCAGCCUGGGGCUGCGCCCGUCCAUUCGUACCGAGCAGCAUGACUCCCGCUGGCUCAAUGAACCCAAGUUUGUGGACGUGUUCUGGAUCCCGGAGAGCGAGAACCCGGACGAUGACAAGAUCUACUUCUUCUUCCGCGAGACGGCAGUGGAGGGGCAGCAGGGGCUGGGCAAGGCCAGCUUCGCCCGCAUCGGCCAGAUCUGCAGGAACGACCUGGGUGGACAGCGGAGCCUGGUGAACAAGUGGACGACAUUCCUGAAGGCCAGGCUGGUGUGUUCAGUGCCAGGCAGCGACGGGGGCGACACCUUCUUUGACGAACUCCGUGACGUCUUCCUGCUGAGGACGAGGGACCACGGAACCCCCUGCGUCUUACGCGUCUUCUCUGCCUCCAGCUCGGUGUUUAGGGGCUCCGCCGUCUGCCUGUACAACAUGCACGACAUCCGCCGAGCCUUCUUGGGGCCCUUCGCUCACAAGGAGGGGCCCAACUACCAGUGGGUGUCGUACCAGGGCCGUGUGCCCUACCCUCGCCCGGGCAUGUGCCCCAGCAAAACCUUUGGCACCUUCAGCUCCACCAAGGAUUUCCCCGACGAUGUGAUCCAGUUCGCCCGCAACCACCCACUCAUGGCCAACCCUGUGCUGCCACAGAACCAGCGGCCCGUUUUCCUGCAGACCAGCGGGGACUACACCUUCACCCGCAUUGCCGUGGACCGGGUGACAGCCGCCGACGGGCACUAUGAUGUCCUCUUCAUUGGCACAGACGUUGGCACGGUGCUGAAGGUGGUCUCGGUGCCCAAGGAGAACUGGGAGAACAUGGAGGAGCUGCUGCUGGAGGAGCUACAGGUGUUUAAGGAUUUGUCCCCCAUCACCAGCAUGCAGAUCUCAUCCAAACGGCAACAACUCUACGUGGGCUCCCCGACAUCCCUCUCCCAGCUUCCCCUGCACCGCUGCGGGAUCUACGGCAAAGGCUGUGCCGAGUGCUGCCUGGCCAGAGAUCCCUACUGCGCCUGGAAUGGCACCAGCUGCACCCGGUACAUGCCAAACACCAAGAGGCGUUUUCGGCGACAGGACGUCCGGAACGGAGACCCCAACAUGCUGUGCUCUGGAGAUCCCCACCAGAGCAGCGUGCCGGAGAAGAAGCUGUACGGGGUGGAGGGCAGCAGUGCCUUCCUGGAGUGCGUGCCCAAGUCCCUGCAGGCCCGGGUGUUGUGGACCUACCAGAAAGCCAGCGACACCCCGAGGAAGGAGGUGCAGCUGGACGAGCGGGUGCUGCUGACGGAGCGGGGCAUCCUCCUCCGCAGCGUGACACGCAAGGAUGCCGGGCUUUACCACUGCCAGGCCACGGAGCACGGCUUCACCCAGACCCUCCUCCGCCUCUCGCUGGAGGUGAUCGGUGCCCGGGAGGAGGCACCCGCCGAGCCAGCCAGCAGCAAGUUGUGGUACCAGGACUUCCUGCAGCUGGUGGACCACCCCAACCUCAGCGCCAUGGAUCAGGUCUGCCAGCAGUUGUGGGGCCGCACAAGCCACCAGCCCAAGAAGAAGCCGCCCCGGCCUCCCCCGCUGAGCAUCCAAGCGAAGCCCCACAAAUGGAAGCAUGUGGAGGAGACACGGAAAGCCCGCAAGCGACGCACACAUGAGCUGCCCCGCACCGAGAGGGGACCCCGCAGUGCCGCCGCCUGGUGACCCACCGGACUCCUGCUAGGAGGCGGGGGGAGGGAGGUUGGGGACGGGGGAGACCGGCGAGCUGAGCCGGCCAUGGGUUCCCUCUGCACAUAGCUAGGUGGGGGCAGCCGCACCCUUGAGACACCUUUCUCCCCAGCCAGGUGUGGGGGGAGCCCCCAAGGCCUCAGACCAAAGGCUUUGGGAGGCCAGUGGGAGAGGAGCAGGGACCCUGCGCCAUCCAGACACCGAAGACGCCUCCUGGAUCUGGCCGUGCCCCAGCCUGGAUCAUCCCCCGAGGGGCAGAUCAGUCCAGCAGGGACUGGUUUUUUUUCGAUUGGCCCUUGGCCCCUACCCGACAUCCUAUAACCCGGCCCUCUCCAGAGUCAGGAACCUCCCAGAGACAGUUCGUUGCACAUCCGUUUGGCAUGUGCUGGAGGGCAGGGAGGCUGGUACCUGGGUUCCCCCUGCUCCCCUGGGGACACGACCACUGAUGUAUUUAUUAAUGGACUGUUACUGAUGAAUGUAAACCCGCCUCAGGCUACACCCCAGCCCCAAGCGGACUUGGGGGCACUAGUCUGGUCCUAGGUACGUGAGCACAUUCCUGGCUGGUGGUUUCUGGGAUGGGUGUGUGUGGUCCCAUGGUGCAAUGGGGGGGCACAGCAGGCAGGAGAUCAGAGCCCAAGCCUCUCCCCUCACUUGGGAUGCUCCCUGAUUGGAAUUAGGGGCAGGGUGCCUACCUAAUGAGGCAGCACAGGAGAGAUCACCGUGUGGCUGGGGUGGCUCCAGAUUCCUGCAGGGUGGGGGGAAGGAGGAGUGAGUGGUGGGGAGUGGGAGCAUCUGUGUGACCCCAAUGCAUCAAGUCUUCAGCCUGACCCCAAACCCAGGGAGAACUGAUCCAUGGCCCGUGGGGAACCAUGGGGCAUGCCAGGCAUUCAAGGCCAGGAGCCAGCUGGCCCUGAGGCCUGAGACACAGAGUGCUGCCCCACGACCACCAUCCCAAACCUGGCUCUGUGGGAUGAGAAUAACCGCAGGCCUUGUGGAAGUGGGAUCUGGGUCCAGACCAGGCACUUUCAGCCUGGCUCUGGCAGUGCCCAGCGGCCGUCUCUGGCUGCUGGCCAUUUGGGUGGCCGGCACUAAACAAGCGAGCCCAUCGCAACUGGCCUCCCUUGUUGGGUGUCACCACCGGAAGCCUGAGGCCUGUCUGGGGAUGGAGAGCAGCUCUCACCCAAGAGGAGGGUCAGGGGAAGGAGCUGCCCUGGGGUGGGUGGAGGCGGCUUUCCCAGUUGCUCCUGGCCAGAGACAAGGCAUUUCAGCUCCAGGCUGCAUCCGUGCAGUACCUUUCACCAGCUGGGUGGCCCAGCGGGCUUCAGGUGACCAGGAGUCUGCCACUGCCCUGCCAGGGGACCUUGGCCAAGUGCCUUCACCUCUCUGGCUCCUCCUCCCCCCAGCCACGAGGCCCAGGGAACAGCCAGCGCAUGGAGAACAGUCACCAAAAUGCUCCAGGUACGAGCUGCGUGUUACGUUAAGUCUGAGCCCUGGCUGGCCAUGCCCACACAGAAUGGAGUGUAUGGCCCAGCAGGCUCAGCAGCAGGUCAUCAAAAUGGGGCCUCUCUCCCGAGGACGAGAUUUUAGCUCAGAUCUACAGAGGUAUUUAGGCUCCUAACUCCUGUUGUAUUCAAUGGAAGUUGGGCUCCUAGAGACCUUGGAGGAUCUGGCGCUUGGGUGGAUAUGUUGGUCGCAUAGCCCCUUCGAAACCUAUCAGUCUGGGUCUCCUGCCUUUCCUCUCCCCUUUGGGUGUGACGCCACUGACCCUGCUGUGGAGACGCAGGUGAGCAAAGAGGAAAGUGCUGCUUAGGUCUUCAGGAGCCAGCUCACGUGGAUGCGACAGUGAGGCAGGAAAAUAGGGGGUGGAAAGAGAAGGAAGGAGGCGGUAGGCCAGUGCAGCCCUGAUGCAGGAGAAGGGAGCGUGGCACAGAACUGGACCCAGCCCAGCAGGACUAUAAUGUAUUAACACAA